AUGCGUCCGAAAGGUCGGACAGAUUUUGCGAUCGCCAUUAUUUGUGCUCUUCCUCUAGAAGCUGAUGCCGUGGAAUCACUGUUCGAUGAAACCUACGAUCGAUUCAGCCGGUUCUACGGUAAGCAGCCCUAUGACACGAACGCCUACAUCAACGGACGGAUCGGCAGUCACAAUGUUGUGCUGUGCUACAUGCCAGGAAUGGGGAAAGAAAGUGCAGCGAGUGUGGCCUCUACCAUGCGGAUCAGCUACCCCGGAAUCCACGCUGCACUAGUUGUUGGUAUCUGUGGAGGGGCACCAUCGCCGUCCCAUGAGAGGGAUAUCUUCCUAGGCGAUGUCGUUAUCAGCGAUUCCGUGGUUGCGUAUGAUUUUGGCAGACAAUACCCCGGUGGAUUUCAGAAAAAGACGAGUGUCAAGGACACAUUGGGAAGGCCAAAUCAAGAAAUUCGAUCGCUUCUCGCCGCACUCAGAACGACUCGAUCUCGAUCCGAAUUUCAGGAGCAGAUGGCUGCUAGCCUUCACACACUCCAGCAACAAGAGACCAGAUGGCAGCACCCAGGCCUGGACGAUGUUCUUUUCGAGGCUUCUUAUCUUCACAGACAUCACGCAUCGCACUCGCCGCUUCGGUGUGCUUGCUCGAUCGAUGGUUAG